CAACGGGGGCAUUUCCAGUAACACACAGCAUUUCAAGGAGAAACCGUUUGAAACUCUGUGGGAGGAUCCUGCGACUCUUGCCGGUCCAAGUCCGGAACAAACGGCUGCUGCUCCUCGUCUUGAUCCGUCACCGAUUCCGUCUCCUUUCCGGAAAGGCGACAGUAACGCAGGGGGCAUCCUUGAAAGGUCAUCACCGGUGUGUGAGCAACCAGGAGGAGCGGCCGGUCAGCUGCGCUCCGAUCCCCUCACACCCACCGCUAAUCCUCUGCAACUGCAGGCACCCUCAGUAGAUUUACAAGGAGCCAUCCUUCCCAUCCUGAGUUCC